GAAAGAAGCACCGUUGGUCACAGAUAAGUGAAUAACCCUCCAAACGACACCCAAAUUACGCCUUUAAAUUCUCUCCACCAAUCACAGUCCAAAUAUUAAAAUUAAAAAAAAUAAAAUAAAAAAGCUCAAAAGCCAAGUCCUCCAUUUGGUUUCCCUCUGUCUCCGUUUUCCCUCACUUUCCCGAGAAAAUGAGAGAAAUCCUCCACAUCCAAGGCGGCCAGUGCGGCAACCAGAUCGGUGCCAAGUUCUGGGAAGUGAUAUGCGACGAGCACGGCAUCGACCACACCGGAAAGUACAGCGGCGACGAGGAUCUACAGCUCGAACGCAUCAAUGUCUACUACAAUGAAGCCAGUGGCGGAAGGUACGUUCCACGCGCUGUCCUUAUGGAUCUUGAGCCCGGUACCAUGGAUUCGGUUAGAUCCGGUCCGUUCGGGCAGAUAUUCCGACCCGAUAACUUCGUGUUCGGGCAGUCCGGUGCUGGAAACAACUGGGCCAAGGGUCACUACACGGAGGGCGCUGAACUCAUCGAUGCUGUCUUGGAUGUUGUGAGGAAGGAGGCCGAGAAUUGUGAUUGCUUGCAAGGAUUUCAAGUGUGCCACUCUUUGGGGGGUGGUACUGGCUCAGGCAUGGGAACGCUUCUCAUCUCAAAGAUUCGGGAAGAGUAUCCAGAUCGUAUGAUGUUGACAUUUUCCGUCUUUCCUUCUCCCAAGGUAUCUGACACAGUUGUGGAGCCAUACAAUGCCACACUUUCUGUUCAUCAGCUUGUUGAAAAUGCUGAUGAAUGCAUGGUCUUGGACAAUGAGGCUCUCUAUGAUAUCUGUUUCCGUACUCUCAAGCUUGCUACACCAACUUUUGGUGACCUUAACCACCUCAUUUCUUCUACCAUGAGUGGAGUUACUUGUUGUCUACGUUUCCCUGGGCAACUGAACUCUGAUCUUCGGAAGCUCGCCGUCAAUCUGAUCCCAUUCCCUCGUCUCCAUUUCUUUAUGGUUGGGUUUGCACCUUUGACAUCAAGAGGAUCCCAGCAGUACCGCAACUUGACUGUGCCUGAAUUGACUCAGCAAAUGUGGGAUGCUAAGAAUAUGAUGUGUGCCGCAGAUCCACGCCAUGGUCGUUAUUUGACUGCUUCAGCAAUGUUCCGUGGUAAGAUGAGCACCAAGGAAGUGGAUGAGCAGAUGAUAAAUGUGCAAAACAAGAACUCUUCUUACUUUGUUGAGUGGAUACCUAAUAAUGUCAAGUCUAGCGUGUGUGAUAUCCCACCUAAGGGUCUUAAGAUGGCAUCCACAUUCAUUGGUAAUUCAACAUCAAUUCAGGAGAUGUUCAGGAGAGUUAGCGAGCAGUUCACAGCAAUGUUCAGGCGCAAGGCUUUCUUGCAUUGGUACACUGGUGAGGGAAUGGACGAAAUGGAGUUCACUGAGGCUGAGAGUAACAUGAAUGAUUUGGUGGCAGAGUACCAGCAAUACCAGGAUGCUACUGCUGAUGAGGAAGAGUAUGAGGAAGAAGAUGACAUUGACGCUUGAGGCAUCUUUGUGAGUUGUUUCAAAUUGCAAUAUGGAUGGGUGGAUGGCUUUGAGCGAGUUUAUAUUGUGGAGCAGUCAAAAACAUUGACUUGUUAAUGUGUUUGUUGUAUGAAUUGAGGGUCAUUGUUUAAGCUGUGUUUUGUUGAUAAUGCCUCUGUUAUUAAGUGAUUGGAUGUUUUAAUAGUUAGAUGAUUAUAUACAUCGCGUUGUCAGUUCUCGAUUAUAUUUUCCUUUUUGCUCUUUUUCUAUCGAUAUUAUGAUUAUGAUGAGUCGGCCUUGAAUUAUAAACAAGAUUUCAUUCGUUU